AUGGGUUUACUCAACUCCAGCGACAAAGAAAAAAUAAAAAGAGCGCUUCCCAAGGCCUCCAACAAGAUUAUCGAUGUCGCCGUGGCCAGGCUUUACAUCGCCUACCCAGAUGCCCAGAGCUGGCAAUACACGGGGCUUUCGGGCGCCAUCGUUCUGGUAGACGACAUCGUGGGCCACACGUUUUUCCUGAAAUUGGUCGACAUCCACGGUCACCGCUCCGUUAUUUGGGACCAGGAACUCUACGCAAAUUUCGAAUACCACCAGGAUCGUACUUUCUUCCACACUUUUGAGACGGAAGACUGCUACGCGGGACUUCUUUUCGAAGAUUUGGACGAAGCGUCCCAUUUUCUCAAGAGGGUCCAAAAACGAGAGAAAUACGGGUCCAAAAAGACCAUCACGAAUAAAAAUGCCAUAGCCCUCGCCAAGAAAAUAGAAACAGAAGAACAACAGACCGUUGUACAUGGUCCGAGGGGUGAGUCCCUCAUAGCGGACCAACGCCAAAGGUACAAAUACGAAAAUGCGCCUCCUCCAACCACGAAAAAGGCCCCACCACCUCCGCCUCCGGGCGCCGCCGCUCCAGCAUACUCUCCGUCACCUUUCAAUGCCAACGACGAUUCGUCGUCUUUCAGCGACACCAACUCCGCGUUCACUUCCUUUUCUAACACGCCGGCGCCGGUCGCGCAUGACAGGCCCAAGCAUGAUUUGCCGCCCGCGCCCGCGACUCCCGCUCCGCCUGCAGCGCCAGCUCCUCCUGUUGCGCCCGUCUCUCCAGCCCAGGAUGGCGGCCAUACAAAAUACAGAUUACCUCCUCCUCCUGCACAUUAUGCUACUUCGGAUUCAACUGCGUCGAACCCUGUACCACAGCCUGCCGGAGCUCACAGCAAUAACUCUUUCCCAUUCCCCAUUCCACAGACAAAUCAAACGUCUCAAAAUCCUUUCCCGAUUCCGCUACCUCCCCAAACAUCGGCACCACCGCCAACUUUUCCGCAUCCAUCAAACGCGGGGAAUGCACAGCCGAGAUUUGACAACGGAAGACCCUUGCCUAGCAUUCCACCUAGAAAUCCAGCACCGCUUCCACCACCUCGAAGAGGUGCUGCUCCACCUCCACCACCACGCAGGAGCACAACGCGUGGCCCUCCAGUAGCGCCUCCCAUUAUGACUCACACUACGGGUCGCCCAGGCCCACCACCUCCUCCAAGGCGAGGCGCCGCUCCGCCACCGCCACCACGGUCAUCGAGACCGUCCGUACCUCAAAGAUCGGUACCUCAACCACCACCUGCUCCGAAUGCCCAUCCUGCAUUAAAUCCAAUGGCGCCAGCCAUGCCCAACGGUUCCCAGGCAAUUCCACCACCUCCACCUCCUCCUCAUCCUCAUACCUCGUUCCCACAAAACGAUGUCCCAUCGGCGUUUGCAUCUCCACCACCGACAAGUUUCUCAAUGCCUCCUCCAAUGGCAACUGGAAAUGCUGCUCCUCCACCGCCUCCACCACCUCUUGCUGCGGUAGCACCUGCGAGUUCCACCGCUGCGGCACCUCCGCCUCCUCCACCGUUCUUGGCCGUACCGCAGAGCGCUACUUCGCCCGCUCAGGCAACGGGCGGUAGAUCGUCGGAAGCAACCGGAGACGCGGGACGGGACGCUUUACUGGCAUCAAUCAGGGGAGCCGGUGGAAUAACGUCAUUGCGCAAAGUUGAUAAAAGUCAACUGGACAAGCCCUCGGCAUUACUACAAGAGGCGAGAGGAGAACCAUCCACCACAUCCUCGUCCAGUGCACCUCCUGCUGUAAACGGCGCAGGUGGAGCCGGAGGAUCUCUCGCAGAUGCUCUAGCCGCGGCUUUGAAUCAAAGAAAAAGCAAAGUUGCCCAAGGCGGCGAUGAUUAUGAUAAUGGGGACGACUGGUAA